CCGGGAGAGUGUGUGUAUGUGUUUCCGGGUCCAGUAGUGGUCUCGUUCCUGUCAGGAAACAGCCGGCUCAGCAUGUGACUGGCAUUGCACUGUGAAUGGAGUCCACCUUGUCCUCUUCCUCUGGAGGGCUGCUUGCAAAGAGUCCAAAGAGACACAUGGACGGUAGGCCUGACACAAGAAUGUUUGCAAAAUUGAAGAAGAAGAUUGCAGAGGAGGCAGCUACUGCACCACGGCCAGGAGGGGCAGCCAGGAUGCCCCGAUCACUCAGCAAGGAGUCAAUCACAUCUGUGGGAGCAGAUUCGGGGGAUGAUUUUCCUUCUGAUGGAAGUAGUUCUAGAGAAGACCUCUCAUCUCAGCUGUUCCGAAGGAAUGAACAAAUACGGAAGCUGGAAGUCAAGCUCUCUGAUUAUGCUCAGCAGGUCCGAAACCUGCAGAAGAUUAAGGAGAAGCUUGAAAUUGCAUUAGAGAAGCACCAGGACUCCUCUAUGAGAAAAUUUCAGGAACAGAAUGAGGCUCACCAGGCCAGCAGAGCCAAGAUGGCAGAAGAAAUGGCCUUAGCGCUCGAGAAGAAGGACCAGGAAUGGAGGGAGAAGCUGUCUCAUCUUGAAAAGGAAAGGAAGAUCCUUUCAGCACAAUUACAAGAGAUGCGCAAACAGAGCUUGAAUCUCUUCCAGAAACGAGACGAGUUCGAUGAGCUAGAAGGAUUUCAGCAGCAGGAGAUGGCUAAAGUCAAGCACAUGCUUUUGCAGAAAGAAGAGUCUGUAGGUCAAACGGAGAGAGAACUGGAAGCCUCUAGGAAAGAACUCACCCAUGCCCAAGAAGAACUACAGGCCUCUAGCUCUUUGUCCUCACGCCUGGCUGCCGAGUUGCAACAGCUACAACAGCAGCAUGCGGACUUGGAGGCAGAGAGGGAUGAGCUCUUAGAUGCAGAGGAGAAUGCAGAGAAUAAAAUUACCAGCCUGGAGCAGCGAGGCCGUGAACUGCAAGCAUACAUCCAGCAGAUAUCAGUAGAUCUUCAAAAUGCUCAGGUUACUGCCUCCGGUUGUGAAAAGACAUUGGAAACAUUGGAGGCAGAACACGAAGCCCUGAAAGUGGAGUAUGAACAGCUCAAGCAAAAGACGAUUGUCGAAAUUGAGGAGAAAACCCAGCUGAUGGGACACUUGCAAGCGAAAGUGGUCACUUUGGAGAAGCGAUUGGAAGGGAACCUCUCUGGGGAUGAGCAUGUGCGGGAGCUGCUCCUGGAGAAAAGCGCUCUGGAACAGCAGCUAGAGAGUGCCCUGCAGCAGCUCUCAGCAGCACGGACGACUCACUCGGAGAGAGUGAGCCUUUUGGAGACUCAGAUCAACCAACUGAACUGCAAAGUAGCAGAAGGGCAGGCGCUGCUGAAUGAGAGAGAAGAAUCUGAGCGAAGCAUCCAGGAGAGCAGUUUGCACCAGCUGAAAGUUCUGGAACAAGCCCUCCAGCUCGCCAAUGAGGCCGCAGCAAAAAGUAAAGAUGAUGUCAGGGAGCAAGAGCAGCAGAUCCAAACACUGCAAACAAACCUGGAGCAGCAAAGCAUCAAAGCAGAGGAAGCCAUCUCUGCUGCGAAGCAUCAGUGCACUGAGCAGGUCAGAAGGCUUGAAGCAGCGCGAGAAGCUGAUAUAACGGUUGCCCAGCAAAAGAUUAGUCAACUAGAGAAAGAAAAUGAAGAACUCAAAGACAGCCACGGAGAAUGUGAAAGCUCUUCAAGGAGGCAAGAGUCAGAAAUGGAAAGGCUAAAGACAGAACUGAGCAGUAGGGAAACAGUCAGUGUCGAAAUUGCCAAAGCCCUGGAAGAGACACGGAAACACAGGGAAGAUCUACAGCAGCAGGUUGCGGACCUGUCCUUGUUGUUGAAAGAGAAGGACUGGCAGAUUAUGGAUAAGACUGACACACUCCUGAAAAAAGAGGAAGAGCUGAACUGUUUAAGGCAAGGCCAUGAGGAGCUUCGGCUGCAGGUGCACCAGUUGCAGACUGACCUUAAGCUGUGCCAGCGACAGGCUGGAGAAAGGGAAGCUUUGGUGGGACAGCAGAUGAGCACUUUGCGGGAGCAGCCACAGGAGAAACAGGAGUGCCAGCUGGCCAGCAAGAGCCAGACUGUUGGGUUGGAAUUGGCAUCCAAAGCCUUGAAAAAACACUUGCAUCUCCCCGAGGAGGGAGAAUUGGAGCUGAACGGGGAAGUGGCUGCUGCAGACAUAGUCCAGCUGCAGAAGGAGAACAGUGAACUGGAGCAGCAAAUUGCAGAGAAGAACAAAAUGAUCAAGCAGUUACAGCAGAGGAUGGCAGAACUAAAGAAGACAUUGCAGAAAGAACUGAAACUUCGACCCGACAGUGAGGUCCCAGAAGUGCCCAGCACUGCCUUGACUGUGACAAACAACUCAGACCUAAAUGACUCGCGGGAGAUAAACUUUGAAUAUCUUAAGCAUGUGGUAUUAAAAUUUAUGUCCUGCCGGGAAUCAGAGGCAUUCCACCUUAUCAAAGCUGUGUCUGUCUUACUGAAUUUUUCUCAAGAAGAAGAAAGUAUGCUCAAGGAAACCCUGGAAUACAAGAUGUCAUGGUUUGGGUCAAAACCAUCUCCCAGGGGCAGUGUCCGGCCCUCCAUUUCAACUCCCAGGACCCCAUGGUCAUGAAUGGCCUGAAGGAAUGCACUGCUUACCUGCCCUUCAGUCUCUUUCUUUCUAGGAAAAGGAUGCUGCACCUAUUGAUUGAGGUGUGUCUUAAUUAUGCUCACCAUAGUAUUUUGUACAAGAACUUUGGAAAAUUGUUUACAAAACUGUAAAGGAGUGUCCUUUGCUACAACUUGACCCUGUUUGGGUGUGGUUGCAAGUGCAGGGGUGAACCACAAAGUGGCUGAUACUCAAGACCUUGUGGAACUGAAGUACCAUUUCUGUUGUGGCAGUGCCUGAUAGCUUGGGAUGCGUUUUGAUUCCUGUCAUCACAGAUCUUUCAAAUGAACAUGGUGCUUGCAUCAUUCCCAACAGUGUAAAAUCCUCCAGAGCAGGGAGGCUCCUCUUCCUUC